GCUCUUUAAUUAGGCUGCUUGGCAGUGCCAAAGAAACCUCAUUGAAAAGAAAGUGGUCAACAUGCAAAAUUGAUGACUGACCAUCUUUUGUGGUCACUAUAUUGUGUGUCGCUUGCUUAUGAAGUCUAAUGCAAUCAUAAAUUGGGUCCCCCGGCCAAUCAGCGGCCCGGUGGAUGGUGCAUGAAAGCGUCUCAUGUGGAGAACUUUGUUGAGCCCCAUUGUGAAGCUGUCAGUCCGGAGAGGAGGUGGGGGGACCGGCGGCUAUAAAACUCCUCUCCCCAGAGUGAGGGAGUCAGAGGAGUAAGCAGCCAUUCACACGAGUGAUUCUCUCUCAUCUGAAACCAGGAGUAUUUCAACUUUCACACACUAUUUUCAAAGCGGGACCAUGAUGAUCCCAAGCGCCAUUGCGCCCCCUGCCCUCUACCCUGGGCUCUACCGACCCGCUGCGGCUCUGCCGCUCCACCAGACUCUGCCGUCAGCCUUCCCGACCCACUCCAGCUUCCUAGUGGAGGACCUGCUGCGCAUGGGUCGCCCCGCCGCCUUCAUUAACCGUACGAUCCCUCCAGCCAGUGUCUCGCUGCCCACUGUCACCACUUCCGUGUCAUUCAGCUGCGCGCCCGCGGAACGCACGGUGGUCACGGCCGCCGUGACACGCGAUUCGUGCUCACCUAAAACGUCGCUGUCGAGCAACAAGGAUCCAACCUUUCUCAAGUUUGGAGUGAGUGCCAUCCUCGCACCUUCACCAAAGACCGCAUCUUCUCCACCUACGCUCCAAAACCUGCACUCCAACAAGACCUUCCCCUUCCCCUGCUUUGACGGAACCUUUCACCCCAUAUUCAGGACGCCCUAUUUACCAGCGUCUUCUUCAGUGGUUCCAAUCCCUGGGACGUUUUCGUGGCCCUUAGCGACCAGAGGGAAACCCCGCAGAGGGAUGCUGAGGAGGGCGGUGUUCUCUGACGUCCAGCGCAAGGCUUUGGAGAAAAUGUUCCAAAAACAGAAAUAUAUCAGCAAACCCGACAGAAAGAAAUUGGCAUCCAAACUCGGCCUCAAAGACUCUCAGGUGAAAAUCUGGUUCCAGAACCGACGGAUGAAGUGGAGGAACUCCAAGGAGCGAGAGUUGCUUUCGUCAGGCGGCUGCCGUGAACAGACGCUGCCCACCAAAGCCAACCCGCACCCGGACCUGAGCGACGUAGGCAAGAAGUCCUCCGCCGAGGAUGAAGAGGACGAGGAGGAAGAUGAGUUCGCUAGAGAGAGAGUAAGGUCGGCGCGGACCAGCACCUCCUCUCCUUCUCUGUCCAGCAAACACUCGGAUUUCUCAGAGUCGGAUGAAGAAGAAAUAACAGUGUCCUAAUUUAUUUUUAAGAGACAAAACAUAUACAAACAACACUCACGUUUCCUCUCUAAUACUGCGACCAGACUUGUAAAAAAAACAAACAAACAAAAAAAAAAAACGCAAACCCAAACUUCGUUGUUCAAAAAGCUUUCACUCCAGCGUCAGGAUUCUGUCUGAGACACAUUUUGCUGUUUUGCACAGCUUCGCCCUAUUGUACAGUAUUUUGUACAAUUUUGUAUGGAAAUUUUAUGCCAAGAAUAUUGAGUUCCUUGAAUAGAGUUCUUUAUUGAAAAAUGUAGCUAUUUCGUUAAUAAUUUAUAUCUGUUAAAUAAGUAUGUUGUAUUAUCUGAUGUAUAUAUGUUUAUUUUACAUGUUUUGUACAAACACCAAUAAAAUUGUAAACAG